AUGACACUUUUCUUGGGUGUGCAAUACGCAAUAAUAAUCUAUCUAGCGAUUGUUAUGGCGUUGAAAAUGCAAUUGAAACUAUCGUGUCUUUCUAAAAGAGUGCAGCUGAUGCAUCGACAGUUCUAUCAUGCAUUGGUGCUCCAAAUAACUGCCCCUACUGUAACUCUCUUCUUCCCAGUUUUCAUUUUAUACUUUGUCCCAUAUUUGAGCAUCGAGAUCAGUUUCCCAACUGGUACUUGCUUGAGUGCAUUUGCAUUGUAUCCAGCUAUGGAUAUUUGCAUUAUGAUCUAUAUUGCCUCCUAUUAUAACAAGGCACUUAAAGAUUUCCUCAAGGCUAUUUUGGGACUAUUUUGGAAAAAGAUGAAAACUUCAAAAAUGGAGGUCAACUCAUCAGUACAGGUGAAAAGUAUAAGCUCCCGAGUUGUAAGCAAUCAGAAAUUCAAUUGCUGUCUUCUCAUCUAG